AUGUGGGCGGAUUGCAGUGUUCUCUGUGAAAGUGUUUGUGAGAUUGCGGAUAUGACUGGAAGAGGAAAGAGCGGUGCGAAAGCUCGGUCCAAGCCGAAGUCUCGGUCGUCCCGGGCUGGCCUGCAGUUCCCGGUGGGCCGUGUUCACAGGAUCCUCAGAAAGGGCAACUAUGCUGAGCGUGUGGGUGCCGGAGCGCCGGUCUAUCUGGCUGCGGUGCUCGAGUAUCUGACGGCUGAAAUCCUCGAGCUGGCCGGUAACGCGGCCCGGGACAACAAGAAAACCCGCAUCAUCCCCAGGCACCUCCAGCUGGCCGUGCGCAACGACGAGGAGCUCAACAAGCUGCUGGGAGGGGUGACCAUCGCUCAGGGCGGGGUGCUGCCUAAUAUCCAGGCCGUGCUACUGCCCAAAAAAACCGCCGCUGGGGGCAUCCCUAAAAAGUGAAGAGACCGUUCUUUAACCUGACAACCCAAAGGCUCUUUUAAGAGCCACUCACAACAUCCGUGAGAGAAACUAGGCCCUCACUUCUGUCGUGUUGAUUUUUGUGUUUCCCUUUUACCGUGUCGAGCUUAGGUCUUGGUAAUUGACCGCUGUCAAUUCCUACACCCACAUACUCUUGACCCCUGCACCCAGCUAGGUUCACAGUGAGAGCUGGGAGACAAGCAGAUUGAGGUGUUUCUCAUGAAUUAUUAUAAAUCG